GAAAGAACAAUCGAGCGAGUGAGGGAAGAGAACAAGGAGAGAGAGAGAGAGGUUCAGCUGUUCUUAAUUUUGACUGCUACGGAAAGAAUCAAAGAGAAAGGAAGGAGAGAGAGAUGACAGUAACGAUGAACCUUUCAGCACUCAAUCCCUUCUAUCUUUGAUGAAGUCUUAAAUGGAUCAUGGAUCUAGUAGUGAAUACGACCAUCAUCAUCAGUUUCUCCAUCACCUCUCCUCGCUAUUCGCUCAUUCGCCGUUGUCGCUUUGCACCCACGUUCAAUUCUCCGUCUUUAUCACCAACCCAACAAAUCCCUCUUAAACCCUUGCUCACAAUUCUCCAUUUCUAGAUCUACCCACCUCGCCGCCCUAUCUGAUCUGUAUUUCUCUUAUCGUUUUCAUAUGGAUGCGACCUCUCGUCCGGCGGUCGUCAUCGAUAAUGGCACCGGGUAUACGAAAAUGGGAUUUGCUGGUAAUGUAGAACCCUGCUUCAUUGCUCCUACGGUUGUUGCAGUCAAUAAUACAUUUGCAAAUCAAUCACGAAGUUCUUCCAGGGGUAGUAAUUGGUUGGCACAGCAUAGCGCUGGUGUAAUGGCAGAUCUUGAUUUCUUCAUUGGAGAUGAAGCUUUAUCGAAAUCGAGAUCUAAUAGCAUAUACACUCCCACUCAUCCUAUUCUUCAUGGUCAAGUUGACAAUUGGGAUGCUAUGGAGCGGUUCUGGCAGCAGUGUAUAUUCAAUUACUUGAGGUGUGAUCCGGAGGAUCAUUAUUUUCUUUUAACAGAGAGUCCAUUAACUCCUCCGGAGAGUCGUGAAUAUACUGGAGAAAUUAUGUUUGAGACUUUUAAUGUUCCUGGCCUUUAUAUAGCUGUACAGCCAGUUCUUGCUCUUGCAGCUGGGUACACCACCUCGAAGUGUGAGAUGACAGGGGUUGUAGUGGAUGCUGGAGAUGGAGCAACUCAUGUAGUACCUGUUGCAGAUGGUUAUGUAAUUGGAAGCAGCAUUAAAUCAAUUCCUAUUGCUGGGAGAGAUGUUACCAUGUUUAUCCAGCAGCUGAUGCGGGAAAGAGGGGAGAAUGUCCCGCCAGAAGACUCUUUUGAAGUUGCUCGAAAAGUGAAAGAGUCGUACUGCUACACAUGUUCUGACAUUGUCAAGGAGUACAAUAAACAUGACAAAGAACCUUCCAAAUAUAUCAAGCAAUAUAAAGGAAUUAAACCAAGGACUGGAGCACCAUUUUCUUGUGAUGUUGGUUAUGAACGGUUUCUUGGUCCUGAGGUAUUCUUUAAUCCUGAGAUAUACAACACCGACUUCACAACUCCUUUACCAGUUGUUAUAGACAAAUGUAUACAAUCUGCACCAAUUGACACUCGAAGAGCAUUAUACAAGAACAUUGUGUUGUCUGGUGGGUCAACAAUGUUCAAGGACUUUCACCGCAGAUUGCAACGGGAUAUUAAGAAGAUUGUAGAUGCUAGGGUUGUUGUAUCAAAUGCUCGGCUAGGUGGAGAAAUAAAAGCACAACCAGUUGAAGUCAAUGUGGUCAGCCAUCCCAUUCAGAGGUAUGCUGUCUGGUUUGGAGGUUCUGUCCUUGCAUCAACCCCGGAAUUUUUUGGGGCUUGUCAUACGAAAGCAGAGUAUGAAGAACACGGAGCAAGUAUAUGCCGGUCUAAUCCUGUUUUCAAGGGUAUGUACUGAGCAAUCACCAAAUCAAGAAGAAGAAGCAUGUAUGAUUUUGAGAAGAACCUCUGACUGUGAUGGCGAUUUUCAUUUCUGGGCAAUGAUUGUUUGUUUGACCAUGUCAGAGAUGGUGGUGGGUGUACAUUUGAUUGUCAUUAUUUUUUUUUUGUGUAAGGAAAACCGAGUCUCUUUUGUAUUCUUUUCGCCUGGGGGAGAAACAGAAAACAGGGUUCUGAAGUUAUUAUACACGAGAAUCUUGGAAGUCUAGCUGAAGGGGCGGCAGGCGUGGGUAGGCAUUUUGCAGUUGAAAUUUUGUUGUUUGGAUUCAUGGGGUAGGAAUAGACAGACAUACACAAUAGUAAGUAGAAGGUUUUCUGUUUGUUUGUUUAAAUAUUUUGACAGUACACUUGUAAAUUUUAGUUCACUUUUAGGUAGAGAAUAAUAGUGGUCAAUAAUCUCUUCAAGGGUAAUUAAUUCACAUUCUUUUGGUACAUGAAAGUGGUUUAUUAAUUGUUUGGUUGGUCACUUUUCAACA